AAAUUAUUUUAUUUCUGGUCAAAAUUAAUAAAUACGAGAAUUCGUGAUAAUGUUGAUGUCACUCUUACCAACAUGGAGGAUAACGUGGCUGUCGAAGUGGCGAAAAUGAGUGUUUCAGAGAAGGCAUGCGGCUUUGUUUCUUCUUUUUGAUCUCUAACAUUCAACCAUGUUAUCAACACGAAUAAGUAUAGGACGUUUAGCCAAGAGGAUAGGAAUCACUUACCGCAGAGCCAUGAGCCUGGAAGCCAAGACUAAGGUAAAGGGGGGAGCAGCUGGAGACACAAUCAAGCGGCCACUGAAGAUUACUCCCCCUCCAGAAUUUCUGGAAAAGAGGUUGCAAUUGUGGAACAAGUUGAAACUGGAAUAUGAUAGCUGGGUGGCAGCCCAGACUCCACAACCAAUUAAAAUUACUCUCCCUGAUGGGAAAAUUGUAGAAGGAGAAUCUUGGAAAACUACACCAUAUCAAGUUGCCAGUGGAAUCAGUCAGGGUUUGGCUGACAACACUGUAAUUGCCAAAGUUAAUGGUGAGUUGUGGGACCUUGAUCGUCCUUUUGAAGGCGAUGCCACCCUCCAGCUUCUCAAGUUUGAUGAUCCUGAUGGUCAGUAUGUGUUCUGGCACUCUAGUGCACACAUCCUGGGGGAGGCUAUGGAGUGUCACUACGGAGGCCAUCUUUGUUAUGGUCCUCCAAUUGAGGGAGGCUUUUACUAUGACAUGUGGACAGAAGAGUCAGUCUCAAGCAAUGAUUACCCAGCUCUGGAGUCAUUGUUCAAAGACAUAGUAAAGGAGAAACAGCCUUUUGAGCGACUAGAAGUCAGUAAAGAAAAUUUGCUGAAGAUGUUUGAGUACAAUAAAUUCAAGCAGAGAAUCCUUAAUGAAAAAGUCACUACUCCAACUACCACCAUUUACAGAUGUGGUCCGCUUAUUGAUUUGUGUCGUGGGCCACAUGUCAGGCACACUGGCAAAAUCAAGGCCUUUACUGUUACCAAGAACUCAUCUACCUACUGGGAAGGCAAGGCAGAUGCUGAAACAUUGCAAAGGAUUUAUGGUAUCUCAUUCCCAGAACCCAAACAGCUCAAGGAGUGGAAACAUUUCCAGGAAGAAGCUGCCAAGCGUGACCACCGUAAGAUUGGGAAGGAUCAGGAACUUUUCUUCUUUCACGAAUUGAGUCCUGGUUCCUGUUUCUUCUUGCCUAAAGGUGCUCACAUCUACAACACUCUCUGCGAGUUUAUUCGGAAAGAAUACUGGAAGCGUGGAUUCCAGGAAGUAGUCUCCCCUAAUAUGUACAAUUCCAAGCUGUGGAAGGUGUCUGGCCACUGGGAUCAUUAUUCUGAGAACAUGUUUUCCUUUGAGGUGGAAAAAGAAAUUUUUGCCCUGAAACCUAUGAACUGCCCUGGCCACUGCCUCAUGUUUGACCACAGACCUCGAUCGUGGCGUGAGUUGCCUUUGCGUAUGGCAGACUUUGGUGUGCUCCACCGCAAUGAACUGUCUGGAGCUCUGUCAGGUCUUACGCGUGUGCGGCGUUUCCAACAGGAUGAUGCACACAUCUUCUGCCGACCUGACCAGAUCAAGGAAGAAAUAAAGGGCUGUCUCGACUUCCUCAAGUUUGUCUAUGGCACGUUAGGCUUCACCUUUGACCUGAAACUAUCCACCAGACCAGACAAAUUCCUUGGAGAAAUUGCUGUAUGGGACAAUGCAGAGAAACAACUUUCAGAGGUGUUGGAAGAAUGUGGUCAGAAGUGGGAGCUGAAUCCAGGAGAUGGUGCCUUUUAUGGACCCAAGAUUGACAUCACUAUUAUGGAUGCCCUUCGGCGACCUCAUCAGUGUGCUACCAUUCAGUUGGACUUUCAGCUACCUGAACGUUUUGGCCUAACCUACAUCGAUGACCGUGGAGAGCGACUGAAGCCAGUCAUUGUACAUCGUGCAGUCCUAGGCUCUGUCGAGAGGAUGAUUGCCAUUUUGUGUGAGAGUUUUGGUGGAAAAUGGCCAUUCUGGUUGUCUCCUCGGCAGUCUAUUGUUAUUCCUGUGGCUCCACCAUUUGAUGAAUAUGCUGAAAAGGUGAAGAAGCAGAUACAAGAGGCUGGAUUUUUAUGUGACCAUGACCUCGACAGCGGCACCACGAUGAACAAAAAGAUUCGCAAUGCUCAACUUGCACAGUACAAUUUCAUCUUUGUUGUUGGAGAAAAGGAACUGGCCAAUGACACUGUGAACGUUCGCACUCGUGACAACAAAGUGCAUGGGGAGCAGAGCAUUGAACAUGUCAUUGAGCGCUUCAACUACUUCAAGAACACAUAUGUACGAGACGCAGAGGAAACGUUCUAGUGGAUAUUGGCAUCAGCUGAAUCCAGAAAUGGGUUGCUCAUGCCAGAAUCUCGAUGAUGCUUUUCCUUCUACAGGGUUGACGAACACUUUGUCUGGGCUGGCACAACUAGAUGUGAACCAUAGACACACAUGCAGACCCCCUCACUCUUGUGUGAACUGCAUUGGCCUGUGUGAGAUCAUGAGGAUCUGUCAUGGCAAUCUUUGAAAGUGGUGUUGGCUCUGGUCACAGAUUUUCUCACUAAGGGUGAGAGGAUAUUGCUUUCAUGAUAAUACUAAGGGUGAUAAUAUUAAUUUGAUUGUUCUUAUUUGCCUUGUUUUGGGGUGUGUGGUUUUUUUGGCACAUCCUUAUUUAAAGUAGUUCAUUAUUAGUGAUGACUAUAGAGGGAGAAUGAACUCUUGGGGAAACUGUAAACUAUUCAUGGCAAAGAAUGUUAAUGGAUAUGAGGAAGUAAACUUAAAAAUUUUGCGAUUUUUUUUUAGACAAUUUAUAUGUGAAGUGCUUUCUUUUAAAGUGAGCAUUUUUUUUGUGGGGGGUAUCUGUUGCUGUUGGUUUGUCAGUUGAGCUUUCAGUUUAACAUCAUGAUUAGGGUAUAAUAUUGACUGUUGGAAGAUGCCACCAUACUACAUGAGACAUUCUGUUAUUUUGUUUUUUCAGCUUUCUUUACUUUGAUUGGCAGCUGUUCUAAAUGAAAAGCUGCUGAGCACUAUCAGAAUAGCAUUAUAUGUAGCCUUUCACAGUGUCAUUAAUUUUACGCUGCUUGUGGCUUGUCAGUGAUGGAGAAGCAGAUGGACUUCUUUGAAAGUAACUUAUUGUGGUCAUACAUGCUUCUUUGUCACACUUCUGUCCUGUAUUUUGCUUGUUUUCAAGAUUUACUACUAGGAGUACUCGCUCUUCUGCAAAAACAGCGAAGACAGUGAUUCCUGCACACUGGUGUCAGUGUUUAAGAUUGAGUACACCACAGCUCUUUCUUUAAGGCUACUUAACAUUUGUGAAGGGUGUGGUCUGCAAAAAUGACAGACACACACCAUCUAAUAUAUUGUGUAUCUUGUUUUAAUAUGUCCUGCUGUUUCUGAAACUUCUAAUUCUGGUGUGCAAAUUUCAUAUAGGAUCAUAUUUCAUAUAGGAUUGUAAGGAUUCCAGAUUUCAAAAGCAGUGCUAUUAAAAGUCAUCUUCCCUAGCAAGUUCUUAAGUAGUAAACAUGACUGUCCAGUAGCCUUUGCUGUGAGGACAGUCUAGCUUGUAUCACUGCUAAUUCAGCUUAUUCUAGAAUUCUGUGGGGGUUUUUUUUCCCCAACAACACAAAAUACAAUUUUGACUUUGACAAGGACUUAAAUGGCACUGCAGAAAUGAUUUAUAUGCCACAAUAUUUUUAUCCCAUUGUUGACUUACAUGGCUUACAAGGAAGCUUCUAUUCUAGUGCAGAGUUUAUUUUUCUCAGUUAUGUGCACUGCAGUUACUUGCAGAAUCUUCUAUAAAUCAGCGAGAUGAACUUGUAGUGUUUAUCAACUUUAUGUGUGCUUUAAAAUCUGCUUCCUUUCAAACCAGCAGCAGCACUUUCACAAGUUUACCGUUUUUGUUCUCAGUUGGCUCAGAGUAAUUCUUUUUAGAUUGCACAAUCAUGCAGUUGGUUUGUAAGGUCAUUAAAGCUAUAUGUGAAAAUUGUCAGUGAAAUAAACACCACAACAAUUUCA